AUGACCAACAGGAACGAGGAGGAGCCCCGGGCGGCCGGCCGGAUGCAGAGGUUCCAGCAGGGCGUCCGCAAGCGCACGCUCCUGGCCAAGAAGAAGGUGCAGAGCAUCACCAAGGAGGACGUGAAGAGUUACCUUUUCCGGAAUGCGUUCGUGCUGCUCACCGUGACCGCCGUCAUCGUGGGGACGAUCCUCGGGUUCACACUCCGGCCUUACAAAAUGACCUACCGCGAGGUCAAGUACUUCUCCUUCCCGGGGGAGCUCCUGAUGCGGAUGCUGCAGAUGCUGGUGCUGCCGCUGAUCAUCUCCAGCCUCGUCACAGGAAUGGCGGCUCUGGAUAGAAAGGCGUCGGGGAAGAUGGGAAUGCGAGCUGUCGUCUAUUACAUGACUACAACCAUCAUCGCCGUGGUGAUUGGCAUCAUCAUGGUCAUCAUCAUCCACCCAGGGAAGGGCACAAAGGAGAACAUGCACCGGGAAGGCAAGGUCAUACAGGUGACGGCUGCAGACGCCUUCCUGGACCUGAUCAGGAAUAUGUUCCCUCCAAACCUGGUGGAAGCCUGCUUUAAACAGUUUAAAACCAACUAUGAGAAGAGAAGCAUUAAAGUGCCCGUUGCGUCUAACGAAACGCUCCUGGGUGCCGUGAUCAACAACGUGUCGGAAGCCAUGGAGACGCUUUCCAAGAUCACAGAGGAGAUGAUCCCCGUGCCAGGCUCUGUGAACGGGGUCAAUGCCCUGGGCCUGGUCGUCUUCUCCAUGUGCUUUGGCUUUGUGAUUGGAAACAUGAAGGAGCAGGGACAAGCCCUGAAGGACUUCUUUGACUCUCUCAAUGAGGCCAUCAUGAGGCUGGUGGCAGUGAUCAUGUGGUACGCCCCCCUGGGCAUCCUCUUCCUGAUUGCAGGCAAAAUAGUGGAGAUGGAGGACAUGGGCGUGAUCGGCGGCCAGCUGGCCAUGUACACCGUGACGGUCAUCAUCGGCCUGCUCAUCCACGCCGUCAUCGUGCUGCCGCUGCUCUACUUCCUGGUGACGCGGAAAAACCCGUGGGUGUUCAUCGGGGGGCUGCUGCAGGCGCUCAUCACGGCGCUGGGCACCUCCUCCAGUUCAGCCACCCUGCCCAUCACCUUCAAGUGCCUGGAAGAGAACAACGGCGUGGACAAGCGCGUCACCAGGUUCGUGCUCCCGGUGGGAGCCACCAUUAACAUGGACGGGACCGCCCUCUACGAGGCUCUGGCUGCCAUCUUCAUCGCCCAAGUCAACAACUUCGACCUGAACUUCGGACAGAUUAUCACGAUCAGCAUCACGGCCACGGCGGCCAGCAUCGGGGCGGCCGGGAUCCCGCAGGCGGGCCUGGUCACCAUGGUCAUCGUGCUGACCUCCGUGGGCCUGCCCACCGAUGACAUCACGCUCAUCAUCGCCGUGGACUGGUUCCUGGACCGCCUGCGCACCACCACCAACGUGCUGGGAGACUCGCUGGGGGCCGGCAUCGUGGAGCACUUGUCCCGCCACGAGCUGAAGAACCCCGACGUGGAGAUGGGGAACUCCGUGAUCGAGGAGAACGAGAUGAAGAAGCCCUACCAGCUCAUCGCCCAGGAGAGCGACACGGAGAAGCCCGUUGACAGCGAGACCAAGAUGUAG